AUGGCAAAAGACAAAUCGGCCACAGCUGAGCGCAAGGCUGAGCGAAAAGCCGAGAAAAAGGCCCUCAAGGCAGAAAAAGUCGCGAAGAAACAAGCUGCUGCGACAUCAAAAGCUGGCGGUGCCGGUCCUACUGGAGUGACGAAGGCCAAAGGAGAAAACAAAGAGAAAAAGGCGGCCAGGAAGGUGCUGGCAGAGAAGGCGUUGAGUGAGCUUAAGGGCAAGGGUAACGAGAAAAUCAAGUCAGAAGCAGAGGACCAGGAUGAGCAGGAAAGUGGUGAGGAGGAGGACGAGGAGAUGGAGGAGCAGAAUGGUGUGAAAGUCGAGGAGGCGGACGAAGAGGAAGAAGACUCAGAAAAACCAACCAAGAAAGAAGGCAUUGUUGAAGAAAAGAAGAAAAUCCUCGCUACACGACCUGUUGGAGCAUUGGUGCCCUUUGCGAAUCCACUGGCUGACGAUAAGGUGGCCAAGAAGGUGUUCAAGUGUGUCAAAAAAGCCGCCUCGCAACGGACUCUGAGACGCGGCGUCAAAGAAGUCGUCAAAGCGCUUCGAAAAUCCCCGACUUCCUCCUCUACCGAAAACCUUCCCCUCGGCGUCGUCGUUCUUGCGGCAGAUAUCUCCCCCAUGGACGUCAUCUCCCACAUUCCCGUGUUAUCCGAAGACCACAACGUCCCCUACAUUUACGUGACAAGUCGUGCGGAGUUGGGCACAGCAGGUCUGACGAAGCGGCCUACAAGUGUUGUAAUGGUGAGUAGGGACGCGGGAAAGAAAGCUGGGAGGGAAGGUAAGGAAAAGGAGACAAAGGCCGAUGGGGAAGGCGAUGAGAAGGAGAGUUGGGAAGAGACGUAUAAGGGCCUUGUCAAAGCCGUGGAGCGAGAGGGGAGGCAUGUUAAGAUCUAA